AUGGAAGAACAAUUUUGUCGUAUCUGUCGUGGUGAAGCCACUCCGGAUGAUCCAUUAUUUUACCCAUGUAAAUGCAGAGGUUCAAUCAAAUAUAUUCACCAAGGUUGUCUUGAAGAAUGGUUAAAACAUUCAGGUAGAGAUCCAAGUUGUGAUAUUUGUCAUGUCAAAUAUAAAUUCACCACACAAUUCAAAGAAGAUACACCAGAUAGAGUCCCACUAAAGUUAAUUUUUGUUAAAUUUAAAGAUACUUUUGUUCACUUGUUCCGUUACGGGUUAACAAUUUCAGGUUUGCUAUUUGGUGUUCUGAUUCAAAUACCAUUGUUUUGGAAAGCUGCUAGUAGACUAUUCACUUGGAUAAUAGAUGGUGCUAUGCCUCAUGAAGAUUUUUUGAUUUCAUUAAUUUAUGGUGAAUUACAAGUUGAAGGUGAUCCAUAUGAACUCUCAAAAAUUGCUAGUGCUUUAACUUCAAGUUAUUUUGAUUCUUUAUCAUUUUUGUUGACAUGGAUACCAAUCCAUCUGAUCCUGUUUUUGGAACACGAAUGGGUUUCAAGAGAUCCAGGUUUCAAGACUUUAAUUUUGAAGAAAAUUGGUCCAGCUGAAACUAUUGUCAACGUUGCACGUCCUACAAAUUUGAGACAUAAUGUUAAUGAUCCAGAGUAUAAUGAAAGAAUGUUAAGGGAAGUUCAAAAUCUGCAAGUGAUGUUAGAAAAUAGAAAUCAUCCUCAAAAUCAAGCAAUCCAAGAUGCUCUUAGAGUUAUUGAACAAAGACAAAAUGCUUUACAAAGAGAACGUCGUAAUGAACUACGAAGACGAAAUAAUGAAGAUGAAUUAUUGGAUGAAGAGGAUGAAGAUCAAGAUCCUGAUUUUGAACCUCGUAGUGGAGAAAGUUCUGAUAAUGAAUCUGAUGAUACAAGAGAUGAAGAUGAUCUUUUGAGACCUGAAAGACUGGAUCGUUUAAGAGAACAAAUGAGAAGAUUUGAUCAUCAAAUAGAACAUGAACCUGAAUUGGAUGAUCAAAGACCUAUCAUUCCUUUCCCAAACGCACUUGCUGCUGGUCCUCCAAAUGCUGUUAAUCCUCGUCGUCAAAUCCAAGAACCAAUUCCUGCUAGAGUCUGGGAAGCUUUCCAUGAACCACCUCGUCCAAAUGAACAACCAGCUGCACCAAAUGCAGCCAAUGCUCCUAUUUUGCCUAAUAUUGACCAAGAAGCUGCUGCUGCUCUAGCUGCUGAACGUCGUCAAGCUGCUCAAGCUCGAGGUGCUGCUGCUGCUGCUGUUGCUGCUGUUCCUCAAGAAGAUGAUGAUGUUUUAUUGUCUUUGCCAAUUUACAUGAUUAUUGUUGGUGGUGAUGCAUUUUUAGCUGUUUAUUUAUUCAUUGCAUAUUUUGUUCCAUCUGGUUUUGGUAAUUUGAUUUUCUAUUGUACUGCUUUAUUAGCAAAUGGUAUAUUAGCAGCAUUUAACAAAUUUUUGAUCAUUACAGGAGGUAAAGAAGGUUUAAACAGAUUGUUUGACUUAGCCAUUGAAACAAAAGAUAAAUUCCCAAUCACUUCAGAAUUCAUCAUUUAUUACUUUAUUUCCCCUGUUAUCACCACUCUUGAUAAUGUCUAUAGACAUAAGUUACCACAAUCAACAAUUGAAAGAAUCAUUCCAUUAUCCAUCUUUUAUGGUGCAAUUUAUAGUGGGAUCUUAUACUACUUAUCUUCAAAGACUAAAAAGCAUUCAAGAAAUAAUCCAUUGUUAGGUUUUGAACGUAAAUUAUUUGUUCUAUUGUUGGAUCUUGUCUGUACAUUCAAAGUGUUUUUGAUUUUUGCAAUUGAAUUGGUGUUUUUCCCAAUGUAUUGUGGAUUCUUAUUGGAGCUAUCAUUAACCCCGAUUUUCUCUUAUGAUACUGCACUGAUUUUAUCUAAAGUUUUUUUCAUAAAAGACUAUAUGCCUCUGACAUUUUUUGUUUAUUGGGCAGCUGGUACACUAUACAUGUGUCUGUUUGCUCUCUUUGUUGGUAUGACUAGAAAAUUUAUUUUGAGACCAGGUGUUUUGUUUUUCAUUAGAUCACCAGAAGAUCCAAAUGCUCGUUUAAUUCAUGAUGCUCUGGUUCGUCCAUUUGGUUUACAAAUUUCAAGAAUUGCUUUAUCAGGAUUUGUUUACACAUUAUUUAUUUUAAUUGGUUUUGGUGCUGUUACUCAACUUUUCAAGUUAACAGGCUCUUCUGUCUUACCAUUAGAUCUGAAAUCAUUAUCUGGUGUGUUCUUCGUUAACUUUAUCGUUUACACUGUUCGUGAGCAAAUGGAUUUAAUCAAAAAAUACGUUAGACAAUAUUGGAUCCGUGCUUUUAGAAUCACAAGUAAAAAAUUAAAAUUAUCAUCAUUCAUUUUAGGCAAACACGAUUCACGUGAAAGAGGUUAUGUUUUAUAUCGUAAUUUGAAAGCUCAAUUAGAAGGUGCUAAACCAGAUUAUACAGAACCAAAAAGUCGUUCACAAGCAAAAGAAUUAUUUAAGACUACUGAUGUUAGAGCUGUGUUCAUUCCAGAUGGUAAUUUAGUCAGAGCACCAAAACAUGAUACAGUUUCAAGAAAAUUUGUUAGAAAAUUAUUCAUUCCAGUGUCUAAAGAUGAUAAACCAUUAAAAAGUAUUAAUGAUUCUGGCCUAGAUAAAGUUGAUGAAAAAUACCCUCUGGAUGAAUUUGAUGAUUCCGAAGAUGAAUUGACAACAACAAAUCAAUAUGAAAUUGUCUAUAGACCACCUUAUUUUGGUACUAGAAUUGUCUUAUUCUUGGCCAUGUUGUGGAUUUUUGCAGCUUUGUUGAUUGUUAGUGCUAUUUUAACUGCAAAUAUUUGUGGUAAACCUUUCACUUAUUUGAUUCAAUUGUUUUUCAAUGUUACCAAAGAGGAAACUUUCAAAUGGAGUCAUUUGUACUCUAACCUUGGUCAAUCUGGUAUUAGUCUUUAUCAAUUAGAUACAACAUCCUUGGCCGUUGGUUCUCAAAUUGUUAUUCAUUUGUUAGCAUUCUAUGAUAAUGCUAUUCAAAAACGUCAUAUUCAAAUCAUGGAAGGUGAAGAUGUCGUUGGUGAAGCUGGUAAUGAUAAUGGUCAACAAGAAGCUGCUGCUAAUCACGCUGCUAAUGAAGAUAUCGCAAACGUUUUAGAGCAAGAUCUAAUCAAUGCAAGAGAACAAUUAAGACGUGAACAAGCUAAUGGUGAUAAUGGAUAUGGUUCUAUUGCUCGUGAUGUUUGGAAAUUUAUAUUAAUCACAGGGUCAAUAUUUUCUGUUACUGCUUUCUUCUUCAUUUCAGUUUGUAUCAAUAUUGCAUUGUGUGUUUCUGCACAUAUUAAUGCUAUUGAAUCACCUUAUAGACAUUUUUAUGGAAAAGGUGAAAUUGAUUAUACCAGCAUUUCAUUCCAUUUGGAUUAUAUUACUAUUCCAUUACAUUUACUUCUUGCAUCAUUCACUUUCAUUCCAUUUUUGAUGCGUUUCAGACCUGAUGUUUCAAAGAUUUUAAGGGAAGGUCCUGAUGAAGUAUUGACUUUCAAGAAUGUCUUUAAACGUUAUGCAUUACCAAUUAUCUCAAGAUUGAUUAGUGUUGAAAUGAUUGUUAUUUUGGUGAAGAUUGGUAUCACUUUGAAUGAAUAUUUUGAACAUUCAUUCCAAUAUACCAGUUUGAGAGCAGCUUUUUAUUAUAUCUUGGUUCAACAAGCCAUUUAUAAAGAUACUUUGAUUUAUUUGUGGAGUAUCAUCAUUGGUAUUAAUGUUGCUGUUAGAUUAUCUUUCAAAGGUUAUGAAUUAUUCAAAAAAAUCAAUGAACAAAUCAAAGAAGAAUAUUAUACUACAGGGAAAACUUUAGAAAAUUCCGAAAAUUCUGAAGAAACAACACCAUCAUCAUAA